UAGCAAUGAAAGUGGUUGUUCAGAGUUUUGGAGGUUGGGUGAUCCUCAUUUUCAGUUGGGUUUCCCUAUGUGUAAGCGUCCCAUUGACCAAACGGGAGAUGAUACUUCAGAAGGAGAAUGCCCGCCGUACAGGUGGCAACCUUAUCCUAACACAACAGGAAGAAAAUUUCAACUGCAAGCUUAUGCACCUCAAAAAAACAGAAGUAAUGAAAGCUAUGCAAACUGGGAUAUUUCCACCUGCUAUGCAUUUCUUCAAGGCUAAAAGUUACAUUGAACAAAGUGCUGUGUUCAACAUCUUAAAAGAAAUGCCCAAAGGUGGCCUUUUACAUGUUCACGACUAUUUUAUCCUGAGUCCUGACUGGCUGGUAUACAAUGCAAGUUACCUGCCGAAUUGUUACAUCUGCUUCUGCCCGAAAUGGACUGUUCAGUUCAAGUUUUCAAAGUCCCCUCCUAAAAAAGUGCCUCUUUGUUCCAAGUGGACUUUGCUAAAGACCUACCGCAAGAGUCUAAAGGAUGUGGGUGGAUUUGAUAAGAGUUUACUGAGGAACCUAACACUAGUAACAGAUACUCCGGAGAAGACCUACCCAACUCAAGCUUUCAUUUGGGACAAAUUUGAAAAUAUCUUUAAGACCGCUUCUGGCAUUAUUAACUAUGCACCUGUGUUUAAAUCCUAUUUCUAUCAAGGUCUGGUGGAGCUCUAUAAAGACAAUGUGCAGUAUGUUGAGAUCAGAGUUAUCCUACCACCGAUAUAUGAGCUGGAUGGAAGUCUUCAUGAUAAAUUUUGGUCUGUGGCAGCUUUUGAAGAAGUGUCUAAGCAAUUUGUAAAUGAUCAUCCUGAUUUUGUGGGACUAAAACUUAUAUAUACGACACACCGAAAGCAAAGUGUUUCCCAGAUCAAAGAAGCUAUUCGCACAGCCAUCAAACUCAGAACUAAGUUCCCAAAUACUGUGGCAGGGUUUGAUUUGGUUGGUUGGGAAGAUGGUGGAUACUCUCUCUGGGAACUGAAAGAAGCUUUAAGUUUGCCAGAAACUCAAGGAAUUAAGUUGCCAUAUUUCUUUCAUGCUGGUGAGACAAACUGGGAAGGCACUUCGAUAGAUAACAAUUUGUUGGAUGCUCUGCUAUUGAAUACCAAGCGGAUUGGUCACGGCUUUGCCCUUGCCAAGCAUUCAGAAGUUAGGAGGUUGGCGUUGAAAGGAAAUAUUGCUAUAGAAGUCUGUCCUAUUUCUAAUCAGGUCCUGAAGCUAGUAUCAGAUCUGAGAAACCAUCCUGCUGCUUUUCUGUUGUCAGAGGGUCAUCAGAUAGUGGUUGCCUCUGAUGAUCCGUCCGUCUUUGGAGCAAAGGGAUUAUCCUAUGACUUCUAUGAGAUGUUUAUGGGCAUAGGAGGGAUGAGUGCCGAUCUGAGAACUCUGAAGCAACUGGUGCUAAACUCUUUAAAAUACAGUAGUAUGCAACCUGCUGAGAAGAAAAAGGCCAUGAACAUUUGGCAAAAAAAAUGGGACCACUUCAUAGCCAAUUCUGCCGCUUCACCCCAGGUAGCUGUUGGGAAAUAGGCCACAGUAGAGAUUCUAUACAAAAUCUUGCUUCUCCCAGGUAAUUUGAUCAGAUCAUUGCUCACUUAACAAUCUAGCAAAAAUAAUUGAAAUCAGAACAUACUCCAUAAAGGUGGAAUGUAUUGUAUUGAGAUUGAAUCGAAGUAGUGAUCCCUUCCCCUCUAACAGUGGAAAUUCUUCUGAGUUUGGGUUAUAUUCGUAAUUAUUGUUGUAUAAUUGUGGGUAAAUAAGAGGAAGGAGUAGGACAGAUUGACUA